GCAGUCGCCACUGCGGACAUGAACCGCGAGAGCUUCGCGGCGGGCGAGCGGCUGGUGUCGCCGGCUUACGUGCGGCAGGGCUGUGAGGCCCGCCGCUCGCACGAGCACCUCAUACGGCUGCUUCUGGAGAAGGGCAAGUGUCCAGAGGAUGGUUGGGAUGAAAGUACACUUGAGCUCUUUUUACAUGAACUUGCAAUCAUGGAUAGCAACAAUUUCCUGGGCAAUUGUGGUGUGGGAGAAAGGGAAGGGAGAGUGGCAUCUGCAUUAGUUGCUCGGCGACAUUACAGGUUCAUUCAUGGAAUUGGACGAUCGGGUGAUAUUUCUGCUGUGCAACCCAAAGCUGCAGGUUCUAGCCUUUUGAACAAAAUUACCAAUUCUUUGGUCCUGGACAUCAUAAAGUUGGCUGGUGUCCAUACAGUGACCAACUGCUUUGUAGUUCCGAUGGCAACUGGUAUGAGUCUAACCCUGUGUUUCUUAACAUUACGACACAAAAGACCAAAAGCAAAGUACAUUAUAUGGCCACGAAUAGACCAGAAGUCCUGCUUUAAAUCCAUGAUCACUGCAGGUUUUGAGCCUGUGGUGAUAGAGAACGUUUUAGAAGGUGACGAGCUACGCACAGACCUGAAAGCAGUGGAGGCUAAAGUCCACGAACUUGGGCCUGAUUACGUUCUUUGUGUUCAUUCUACUACAUCCUGUUUUGCUCCAAGGGUGCCUGAUAGAUUAGAAGAACUGGCUGUGAUUUGUGCUAAUUAUGACAUUCCACAUAUAGUUAACAAUGCGUAUGGAGUGCAGUCUUCAAAGUGCAUGCACCUCAUUCAGCAGGGGGCUCGGGUUGGUAGAAUAGACGCUUUCGUUCAGAGCUUGGACAAAAAUUUUAUGGUUCCAGUAGGUGGCGCUAUAAUUGCUGGCUUUAAUGAUUCCUUCAUUCAGGAAAUAAGCAAGAUGUAUCCAGGAAGAGCUUCAGCUUCACCUUCUUUAGAUGUCCUUAUUACUUUAUUAUCACUUGGAUCGAAUGGCUACAAGAAGCUAUUAAAAGAAAGAAAGGAAAUGUUUUCAUAUUUGUCCAACCAACUAAAGAAGCUGUCAGAAGCCUACAAUGAAAGAGUGUUGCAUACACCUCACAAUCCCAUAUCUUUAGCUAUGACGCUUAAAACACUAGAUAAACACUGUGACAAAGCUGUCACUCGGCUUGGCUCCAUGCUUUUUACCAGACAGGUUUCUGGAGCCAGGGUUGUGCCUCUUGGGUCUGUGCAGACUGUGAGUGGCUACACUUUCAGAGGCUUUAUGUCACAUACAAAUAAUUACCCUUGUGCUUACCUCAAUGCCGCAUCAGCCAUCGGUAUGAAGACACAGGAUGUGGACUUGUUCAUAAAUAGACUUGACAAGUGUUUAAAGACAGUAAGAAAAGAACAAAAUAAAGAGAGUGAUGUAUCUGGAGUUGACAAUUAUGAUAAAACUGAAGAUGUGGUUAUAGAAGAAAUGGCUUUAAAACCGGAUAAUGUACUUCUUGGCACAUGCCAGGAUUCUUCCUGAUGACAUGUGAAGGGUUUCUUUGUGAUAAUUUUAAAAAAGUGAUGAGGCUACAGUAUAAGCUAGCAGUUUAAAGACAAGACUUGAGAUUUUUGAAUUGAGAAUUUCAUGGAGAAUAUUUGGUCAAGGAAUAGAACAUGGUCUGAGCUAGCCAUUGACGAUUGUUACAUUUGUUGUUCUUAGACUGCCUCAAUCAUUAUCCUUAACAGGUUAUAAUGUACAAUUAGCGUUUUUCUAAUUGUUAAAUAUUUGCCAAAUAAACAUUAUGAUUCAGAUAAUUCUUACUAAUAUAAUGAUAGUAAAAUUACACAUUACUCUAAUUCUCUUUGAAAUGUGUGGACUGCUUUCUUCUGACCAUUCUCUGUCAUUCACAAAUUACUUAUGUUUCUGACCACACAGAAUUUAGAAAGAUCGCUAAUGCUACUAAUUAGUAGAUGUUUGUUGAUGUGUGUAAGUCACAGAAUGCCUGUAAAAUGGACAUUUCCCAGGAAAGCAGAGUCAAGGUCAAGGUGUAAGCUUUAAUUUUUUCUCAACAGAAAUGGAUCUCAACUGGGGAUGAUUGGCUUCUUAUAUCUAAGUAACAGCUGGAGAUAGUUUUGGGGUUUUUUUGUUUGGUUUUUUUUUCGGCCAUGCCACACGGCUUGUGGGAUCUUAGUUCCUCGACCAGGGACGGAACCUUCGCCCUCAGCAGUGAAAGCGUGGAGUCCUAACCAUUGGACCACCAGGGAAUUCUCUGGGGAUCUUUUUUUUUUUUUUUUUUGCAGUACGCGGGCCUCUCACUGUUGUGGCCUCUCCCGUUGUGGAGCACAGGCUCCGGACGCACAGGCUCAGCGGCCAUGGCUCACGGGCCUAGCUGCUCCACGGCAUGUGGGAUCUUCCCGGACCGGGGCAUGAACCCGUGUCCCCUGCAUCGGCAGGUGGACUCUCAACCACUGCGCCACCAGGGAAGCCCCUGGGAUCUUUUUUGAUUGUCAAACCUAGUAGGAUGCUAUUGACAUCUAGUGAGGGGAGGCCAGGGGUGCUGUUCAACAUCCUACAAUGGACAAGACAACUUCUCAAAACAAAGAUUUAUCCAGCCCAAAAUGUCAGUAGUGCUGAGGUUGUUAAAAACUUCUCUAAAGUAAAAGAACUCCUCAGUAAAGAGAAGUUUUCCAUAGCAACUUGAAUUAUUCAGUAGUACUUCAAAGAAGGUAGCUCUAUAAAUGUUACCAACUAAAUAGCAUAUAGAUUUUUUUUUGUUAACAUCUUUAUUGGAGUAUAAUUGCUUUACAGUGUUGUGUUAGUUUCUGCUGUAUCACAAAGUGAAUCAGCUGUACAUAUACAUAUACCCCCAUAUCCCCUCCCUCUUGUGUCUCCCUCCCACCCUCCCUACCCCACCCCUCUAGGUGGUCACAAAGCACCGAGCUGAUCUCCCUGUGCUAUGUGGCUGCUUCCCACUAGCUAUCUAUUUUACAUUUGGUAGUAUAUAUAUGUCAGUGCUACUCUCUCACUUCGUCCCAGCUUACCCUUCCCCCUUCCCAUGUCCUCAAGUCCAUUCUCUACAUCUGCAUCUUUAUUCCUAUCCUGACCCUAGAUUCUUCAGAACCAUUUUUUUUUUUAGAUUCCAUAUAUAUGUGUUAGCAUACAGUAUUUGUUUUUCUCUUUCGGACUUACUUCACUCUGUAUGACAGACUCUAGGUCCAUCCACCUCACUACAGAUAGUUCAAUUUCGUUUCUUUUUAUGGUUGAGUAAUAUUCCAUUGUAUAUAUGUGCCACAUCUUUAUCCAUUCAUCUGUCAGUGGACACUUAGGUUGCUUCCACAGCAUAUAGAUUCUUAAGUGAAAACCGAGGUUACCAUUUCUAAAUAUGUAAUUACAAAUUGUUAAUAUGGCAUGUGUGCAUUUUUCCAUUUGGGAAAGUGGAAACUUUAUUCCAUUGUUUUGCUUCAAGGAGUCUGUAUAUUUGGUUGGUUUGUUCAGGUGUUUUGCACAGCUGCCAUUAAGAGUGGUUAACAUGGGGAUUCUGAACAUAUUUUUGCUGGAGAGGUGAAAAUGAUGGAGUAUGAAGAACAGGUGUAUUCCCUUUUCAUUGCCCAUAUGCUUACUUUCUGAGUCUGAAAUUCCAGAUGUACUGGCUAUAACUAUUACGUUUGUUGUUAAUUUUAAAAAAUAGACUGAUGUCUCAUAGCCUAAGGAGUUAGUGAAGCCUCUGAAUGCACCAAGAUGUCAAAGCUGUAUUUCUCAAGACUUGCUCUGUGGAGCAUUUAUUCCUAAGAGAUGCUCAUGGGUAUAAAAGGUUCCACGGACAAAUAAGUUGGGGACUUUGCAAACCUGCCUAUUGGCAUAUUAAAGUUUCUAAGAAUUCCUUCUAUUCGAGUUUGAAUGUAUCCUUAUCUAAAGAUGGAACCCUUUUUUUAAUUAAAUAGUUACCGAUAUCGCAUUGAACGAACUUUUGAAAACACUACAGUAGAGAAUGCCACGUAGCUUUCUGGAUGGUGUUUUUCUCUAUUGUUUUGGCAUUGUAAACUAUGUUAAAUGUGAGCUCAGACAGCUGCCACUCCCACGGGUAAGUUAGAAUAUUUUGGACACUGGCUUGACAACCUUGGAAGUCAACUGUGUUGAGAUAAAGUACUUAAUUACAAAUAUUGUAAAGAUUACCUUAAAAUUAUUGUAUCUUUGGGGUUCAGAUAUUUGAAGUGUCUGGGUUCUUUAAAUAGCUAUAAUAACUUCUUUCAAAGGGGUAAAUCCUGGAUUAAAAAAUUGUAUAAUUUUUUAAUGUGAAUUUGAGACUGAAUUGUAGAACUAAUAAGCUGAAGAGUUGCUAUAGACCCUCUCGAAUCUGUGAAAAGGAAUGAAGUGAUGUUGCAGAUGUAGAUGCUGGCAGUGCAGCAUACCGUCCACGUAAGCCAAGAUUGUUUUCUAGAACGAGUGAUCUAUAUUGUGGGAUCAUCAUUUAGUUUAAAAAAGGCCAGAGCCGAGAGACCAGCAAAUGUUUUCUCAUCUGCAGUGUAUCAGCAGUUCUUGGGCUUCAGCUGCUGAAUAGAUAAUAAUUCUAAUUGAAGAUAAAUUACAUGAACCCACAUGUGAGUGAUAGAUAUGUUAUAACAUUUCAUUCCUGGUGCAUAAAAAUCAGCUGCAGUUUUUUUUAUUAGUCCUUUCUUUUCAGAGGUUUUGGAAUUCCAGCUCUAUUCCUGCUGGUUUCAAUUUGACCUUGAGGUCGGAGAAGUCACAAGAAUUUUUGAAGGGAUGUUGUAGGUUCUGCAUAUUGAGGCUUUCCUUUGCCACCACCCCAGUGUCCUUUGACUUGCUGUCUCUCAUCUCCACAUAUAAGUAUAAAAAGCAUACAGUUAUUUAUUUUAGCCUGCUAGUAAUGAUUGGUAAUCCUCAUAAUUGGCCUCAGUUAUUCUCGUACUGGUGCAGAGGGGCAACGGAUGAUAUCUUUUCCAGUCAGUGACUAAGAUGUCCUUUUCUGUCUUUAUGAUCCGACUGCCCUUACUAAGACUAUCAGGUAGAAUUUUGGAGUUUGGUUUUUAAAGUCAUUGGGCUGUGGUAGUCUGCCCCGAAAAGAAAAUUGAAUAACAUGAAAUAUUCUUUAGGUCACCGAACGUAUUACUAAUUAUACACACAGCAGGGAAAGGUAUUUUAAAUCCAAUUCUCAAUUUGGCUCCUAAGUUCUCUGCUGACAAAUUCUCCCUCUGUGUGAUACUAGCCUUAGGAACUCUGUGUUCAACUAUAAAUCUUUUUAUUUAGCUUUUUGCAUUAGUUGACAAGGUGUCCGAAUAUGAACUGUUGAAUACAGUUAUGUUCAGCCAAUAGGCACUUGAUAUGCAGAAUGAUAACUUUUAAGUUUUUUCUAAUAUUUUGCCAUAGCACAUACCUCUAUUGUGGUUCUGUUUCUCUAACCACUAUAAUAAGAACUGUAAUUGAGGUCUGAGCUAUGGGAUGUGCUUUUAUUUUUAGACUAUAUGGCUAUGAUAACGUUUUAGGAAAAUUAAAAUUAAAGAUAAUUUUUUUAACCAGCAAUGUUACUUUAAUAUUGAAUUAGUAGCUCAUCAUGAGUUAAAUUCUUGUGUUCUUUCAUAGAGGAAAAUAGCCAACAAUUGACGACAAUGACACACCCUGAUGAGUCUCAUUGAUAAUACACUCAGAGAAAUUUUUUUGAAUACAUCCACAUUUGGUGCAUAUGAAAGUUGGGUUUUCUUUCCCACUGUCUAAGAUGGACUAAUUUCUGCCAAGCCCUUAAAUGGUUUUGUUAUGUUUUGCAUUCAGGAGGCUGACCUCAUUUUGUAACUGAAUUUGUGUACACAGAAGUUUGAUCAUUUCAGAAGUUUGAUACCUUCUGAAUAAUCUGAUAAAAACAAUUGAAUAUGCUGUUAACGUAUAACAUCAAGAAAUCCAGUGAACAGUUUUUUUCCUUGUCUGUCAAAUUGUGUUGAUUAUUUGUCUCUUGUGGCUACUCAGUGUACAGGUCUAAGACUUACCCACUGCUUCCUUUUGUGCCUUCCUUUUUACUUGCAUGCUCUUUGUUGGCCAUUAUGGUAACAUACACAUGUAAGAUGAUGAGUUCAAGGCUAAUGAAUAUAUCGUUAUAAUUUUCCACCUAAUGUUCUACAGUUCAAUCUAACACCUUAAGCAAAAUCUGGAAAUGUUUAUAUGGUCUUGUUUUUAUCAAGUGGUAUCAACUUUAACUUUUAGAGAAAUGUGAGGAAAGGCUAUGUUCUUCAUAUUUAUACAUAUAAAUGUUUAAUUGUGGGGGAUUUUAGCUGUUAGAAUUGAAGCUGGUGUCAGCCUGCUAACCUGUAUGUUACACUGAAAGAAAAAGAUGUUUCCAAAAAUACUUUUGGUGUAGACUAUGUAUAAAUAAAACUAAAUUGUAUAAUUUAUUACAUGAAAUAAAUUUUUAAUAGAUCAUUGAUAGUGCAUUAUAUUAUUUUACCUAAUCACUGCUCCAGAUACAAUUUGAAAGUACAGAUAACUAACAUUAAAUUACUUGCCCAGUUUUUGAUUCAGUCAACAGUAUCGACUUGCCCAGAAAUCAGCAAGAAAAGGCAUACUUUAUAAUGAGAAUCGUGAGUCACGGGGGUGGAGGCUAGAUUAUUUAAAAAAGAAAAAAAAACAGCAACCAUUUCCCAAAGGAUCUAUUGACUAUAGAAAGUUGGAGGCUUAGAAGUAUUGAAUCUUUUCUAAAGGAAACACCUUAAUUAAAAAUAAAAGUGUCACUUCCUUCUUCAGCAAAUUUCAUUUUUAAAUUGUACUAUCUGAAUUUUACAUGUAGUUCUCAUUUGAUUUGGAAUUAGAUCUCUGCACUGGUACUUACUGACCAUGUGAGUUCACAUAUUUAACCUCUCUGAACCUCAGUCUCGUCAUAUGUGAAAUGGGUACAAUCCUAUAGGAUUGAGAGUUAAAUGAGAUAACAAGUAAAGUGAUUAACUCAGUGCCUAAAACAUAGCACUUGCCAUUAAUAACUGCUAUGGUGGUCUGCAUAAAGCUAUAAUGUACCAAUUUGUACUAGAUUUAAAUUAAAUUUCAAAAAUUAAAAUUUCUUCAUUAGUUUAUUAGUAGAAUGUUUUUUGAGAGGGAGUCAUCAAUGAAUUUUGCUCAUCUCCAGUGGAAAUUAAAAAGUAUGUACUUGAUUUUAGAUGACGAUCUUUUUUUUCUUUUUCCAGAAUUUUUCUACUUUCAUUUUUAUGAGUUUCUUUUUGUUUUGUGUUUACACCUGAGUUGUUUUUUUGUUUGUUUGUUUGUUUUUGCGGUACGCAGGCCUCUCACUGUUGUGGCCUCUCCCGUUGCGGAGCACAGGCUCCGGACGCACAGGCUCAGCGGCCAUGGCUCACGGUUCCAGCCGCUCCACGGCAUGUGGGAUCUUCCCGGACCGGGGCACGGACCCAUAUCCCCUGCAUCGGCAGGCGGACUCUCAACCACUGCACCACCAGGUAAGCCCCUUGAGUAUUCUUUUUAAGAAACAUAUUUAAAGUGCAUUAUCUAUUUUAUGUACCUGAAAUUUCAGAUCACAACCCAGCAAAAAUGUACAGAGAAAGUUCAUUCAUUGUGACUUCCACAUCAAUUGUAUUAUCUGACCAAAGUUUUUGGUAUAGUCAGCAGACCUGCAAGCAUAGCAGUUUAUUAUAUUUAGCCCUAUUCUUAAAUGACUUUAUAGUAGAAUGACUGAUCGUGGCUCCCAAGUUUACAUCUUUGUAAACUGAAGAAGAAUCUGAAAAAGAAUAUAUUAUAUAAAACUGAAUCACUUUGUUGUAUACCUGAAAGUAACACAACAUUGUAAAUCAACUAUACUUCAAUUUAAAAAACUGUAGCUCUGUUUAUUGGCCUGAUCUUGAUUAAAUCCUGUUAGGUCAGAUGGAAAAAAAGAAAAUUGAGACUGGAACUGUAUUCAGAGUUCUUGGUUCGAGCGGCUGUUUUCCUUGUGGCCCCUUCCCUCCCUUCUCUCCCCUUUGCUCCCGUCUUAUUUGCCACUGUUGGAUUCAUUUCUUUGUCUUAAGUCUUUCUUUCUCCUGUUAAAGUGUAGAUACAUCAGGAAAUAGAUAACUGCUAUUUAUCCUUAUCAGUUAGUGACAUCUUAGUUUGUAUGAGUUUAUCAGAUGUUUCCCUAAGAGUGGGUUAUUAAAGAAAACUUAUUAUAGAAAAUUUCAAACAUAUACAAAAGUAGAGCAAACCAUAUAAUGAGGCCCAGUAUUCAUCACUCAUCUUUGGCACUUGUCAAGUCCAAUUUCGUGUCCCCUCUACCACCCUCUUAUUUGAAAGCAAAUCUCAGGCAUUUGAAGGUGUAGCUCACAUUUCAACAUGGAUCUCCUAAGUAAAGGACUCAUUUUUUAAAAAGUCACAAUACUAUUAUCACCCCCCCAAAUUAACAUAAUAUCUUGAUAUCAUCAAAUAUGCUAUCAUUGUUCUUUUCUCUAAUUACCGUUUUGUUUUUUUUUUACAUUUGAGUCAUGAUCCAAAUAAGAUCCCCUAAGGGUAGAUUUUAGUGGAAAAGGGAGAAGAGGUGAGAAACAGAUGGCUUGAGGAACCAGAGAAAAUUAGAGAAGUGCAGAGAGAAGAAGGCUUGAGAUGGUGUUUUUCUAACGACUUUCCCAUGGAUUAAUAAUACUGGAUUUAUGAAGGAUGUACUCCAAAUGGGCUCCUAAAGAUCUUCCAGGAUGCUGGAGAAAUUCCCACUUGACCUGCUCCAGGUUUCACUGGUUAUCAUAAGAAAUGGACUUCAGUCCAUAGUCGUGUAUAACAAUUCAAUUUCAAUGCUAACUUCCUUUACAUAAGGCUGCGAAUUAGAACCCCAAAUUAGAUUAAGCCUAUAAGGCAGUGGGGGUAAUCAUUCUAGAUAUAUAGAGGGAACCCUUAUUCUAAAUAAAUGUGUAGAAGGCUAGUUGAGUCAUUGUGUUGGGCUCCAGCCAGCCAGGUUUAAUGAGCAGUGGAAGGUUGAGUGCCAUCUCAAAACCAGUUUUCAGAGGAGAAGGGAGGCAGACAGGGCCCCCCUCUGGGAUGGAUCAGAGGAGCUGAGUGUGACGCUCAAUGAGAAGAAUGUCUGAUGUAUCUCAUGGACCACUUUAGAGAGACAGGAACUUUUAGGAAGUACUUGGGGCUUUUGACCAGAUAAAAAGCUGAGAGAGUGUUUUUUCCACAUUCCCGCUCCAAAAAAUGUGUUCAUAGGCAGUAAAUUGGUCCUUUACACCAUAAAGGCAGAAAGUACUUUUAGCUAGAAAGCUGUCCAAAAACAAAAACAAAAAGAGAACAGAACAAAAAACAAAAGCAAAACCUCUCCUUGAAGAAAUUAACCUGGAAAUGAAAUUCCCCCUUUUAAGCUUUCCCCAGUAAGAACACAGGUUCUGAGAAUGGCUGACUACCCAAAGUCACACAGCUAAUUAAGGUCAGAACUGAGGCAGGAGCCACCUACUGGCCUAUGACAGGGCAGGGGCAGGUCUGAAGGAGGUGAAGAAACCCUUUGCAAGAUAAAAAGUUGAUCUAGAAAACAUUGUCACAGCUUUUGGGUAAACUUUCUUUUUUUUCCCUUGUGGAAUGCAUCAGUUUCUCUUUGUGCCUUCCAUUUCCCAUGCCUGCUCUCACCAUGUUCAAUUUAUGCCCUAUUUGUCAUCACCUGGUGACUCAAACCUUCUGGGGUGGAGGUGGUGGCAGGUGGGAGAUAGGAGCCUUUUGCACAGUGACCCCUGCUAAGUUUCCUUGAAAGCCAGUAAAAAUACUCAUUAGUUUUAAUCUACUAAUUAUAAGCAAAUGGACAUUUUAACCUUAGGAAAUUCAGCAUUUUUGUUUGCAUUUAUGAUCAUUGUCUAUUUUCCAUUUAUUCCCAUCUAUUUGCAGCAAGUGCAUUUGGGGGCCAACUUGGUUUAUGCUGUUCCCCAGGAAACAAAAAGAAAAUCCACAACCAACCAAACUGCUUGUAUAGCCAUUCCCAUGGAGCCCAGUGCUUCCUAGGCAUGAAAUUGACUGACACACAAAGGCAGCAGGUGCGGGGCCACAUGCCACUUGCCGCUUUUUUUUUUAGUGUGUGUUUAUAAUCAGUAAAUGGCUGUGGAUGUUUAAAUGGUUCCCUAAUACGAUGGAGAGCGGAUGCCAUUAUUACUUGAACUUGUAUUGCCACGCAGAUGGUGGAAAUAAACAUCCAAUUCUGCA